AAAUGAGAAGAAAACCUUUGGGCACUUCCUUUCUCCCAUGGAAACUAAAGCACAUCUCUUUCUUUCUCUGAUAUUGUUAUCAUUUUACGUCACCCUUAUCUUGUAUGUAAACUGUAAUAGUAUCCAUACUCACUAUUUUACCCCUUUUUUACUGCAGUCGACUGUAUCAACGACCUUAUGGCUCUUUGCUUCCAGGCCUUUUCACUGCAGUGCCCUUAGACAAAGUUUAGAGGUCCAUCCAUGCCCAGAGAAGUAUAGGCAAGGAGGAGACACCAGGCCUGUAGUGGUCCUGUUUGGAUGGCUUUUGGCCAAAAGCCGUCAUCUCCAUAAAUAUGGUGAGCUGUAUCAUCAAUACGGAGCUGAUGUCAUUACUGUAAAACUUGAGGUCAUGGAGAUUCUCCGGCCUAAAAAAGCGGAACAAGUAGCCACCAAAGUGUUGAACAAGCUAAUAUCUGACGAAAACAAACAUAGGCCUGUGGUAAUCCAUGGCUUUUCAGUUGGAGGCUAUCUUUAUAGCCACGUUCUCAACUUAAUGGUAAAGCAAGACAGGUUCUCGUCGGUGAAGGAAAGAAUCCGCGGACAAGUGCUCGACAGCCCGGUGGAUUUCCACGGGAUUCCUUACGGUGUUUCCAACGCAGCCUCCGAAAAUCCCUUCGUUCGUUGGUUGAUGAAAUCGUCCAUUGAGGCGUACUUGGCGAUCUUUGCAAGACACACGACCAAAGUUUACUUGGCGCAUUCACACUUGUUCCACAACAACCCCGUCCGUUCACCGGCCUUGUUUUUCUUCUCUAAGGACGACAAAGUCGCUGAUGUGGACACGUGCCAAGCAUGCGCAGAUUACUGGAAGAAUGAACUGAACAUGACUGUGAGUCAGCAAUGUUUCGAGAGUUCACCGCAUGUUUCUCACUUUUACGUCCACAACAAGGAAUACACUGAGGCGGUGAAGAAAUUUCUCAGGGAUCUAAAUAUACCAGUUGUGACCCUUUAGAGUUGUGGGACCUGUAGCUUCGUGCUUUUGAUUUCAUAUCCCUUGAACGAUUACGAAAAAAGGGGAUAUGUCACAUGGAGCUCUUUCUACAGUAUGGAUCCGAUUAGGGAGAAAAGGCUUGGCCUAGAUAUUAAACCUCGGUGACAUCUUGUAAUUUGACACGAACGAAAUAGGCGAGUGUACAGCUUAUCUAUAGCCUAACUGAGAUCGAAUGAUUUGUCAGAGGGAUGUAUUCGCCCCAGUCUUGUCACGUUGGUGAACGUUUAUUAUCAAAACUAUUUAGCUGAUGAUGAAAUAAAUACUAUAUG